AUGGAGGGACCCACGCUAUGGUCCAAAUUCGAGAACAGGGAAGAAGACUGGACAGGACUGUCGGACCCGAAGAAACGAAAACAGCUCCAAAACCGCAUUAAUCAGCGAGCACGCCGAACACGGAAGCUUCACGCACAAUUGGCAUCAAUUCUGCCCAGCCACGGCGCAUAUGCGGACAAAGUCGCUCCUUCGAAGCGAGCAGCCGGGCCCAGUGUCUGGAGAGCCAGUCCGACUUAUCCGCUCUACCAGGGCGGCUCCCUCAGUGCUCUCGAAUGGGACAUUUUAUUCUUCGCUAGAGACAAAUUAUGGCCCAAACCAUACAACUCGUCGCACUGGGCCCUCUCAAACCGCUCGGCCGCCUCUCGGGCCCUCAGCGACCUUUGGUCCAGACGCAUGCUCGAGGUCCCCAUGCUGCGCCACUCCGUCAUCCUUGCCACGUGCCUGGACCUCGAAUAUCUGACGGGUCGGGAUUACACAACUAUCCGACUCCGACACGCCAACGCCGUGAUCAAACAAGUGCUGCUCGGCAUCAACAUCAACGCGUCUUCCACUGACGCAUUGCCCCAACAAUUGGGGAGCCAGGUCGGCUCCUGCGACGAACUCUUCUUCGCAGUCAUGUCUCUGGCCAAGCAGAGUCAGAGCACCAGCAUCACUCCCCUCCCAGGCACGUUCGGCCUCUUUGACCCGCCCUUCCCUCUUGGCCUGCAAUUCCUCAACCUCUGGGGCCAACAUCAAAGCGACCACAUGCACUGCCGGGCCAUGCAGCAGAUGGUGCGGUCACGGGGUGGCCUGGCCGACGCGGGGAUCGAGACCCCAGGCUUCGCCGAGGCGCUGUACCAGUUUGACAUUCUGGAAAGUGCAAAGACCCUGAGUCGGCCGUGGAUGGACAUCCCGUCGAGUCGCUGGCGUCUGGUGAGCAAGGAAGUCGCUGCGUCGAGGGGGAGCAUUGAGAAAGACGUACGCGACAAGUUCGUCCAAGCACUCCCGCGGGCCUCACUUUCUCCCUACGCGUCCCUCUUGGACAUCCUCUCCAACAUACGUGUCUUUUGCACCUGCGUGCAAACAAUGCAGGGUCAGAUGGAGCCGGGACCGGGAUCAACAGCGCAGGACCCCUGCACAUUACUGUUACGAGACCUAUCGGCCCUUCGAGAUAGGAUUGAGCAUCGCUUGUUGGCUUACACGUUUGUCGGCCACUCGCUCGGAGAACAACUCUGCUGGACGACGGCUUUGAUUUUCACGCAUUGUGUCAUCUACCCGUUGCCCAACCGAGAGCCCGUGGAGAUUCUGCUGGGUCGGCUCAUGGCGUCGCUGCAUAUCUUGGAUGUGGAUCACCCAGAUGUAGGGCGUCCGUUUCUGAUUUGGGUUUGCAUGAUCGGCGCCAUGGCCUGUCCAGCAGCGGCGGACCGGACGAGGACACGAUUCUUCUCGGAGAGAUUAAAUGCAUAUGCGGCCGCUGAGGGCGGCAUCUCUUCAUGGUCCCAGCUGAGACGUCUCCUCAAGGGUUUCCUGUGGCUUGAUCGAGCUUGUGAAGAUGGUGGACUUGCCGUCUGGAGUGGUCUGUCGAGUCCCGUGACAGAGUUGGAGGGCCAGUGA